AUGAAGAUUAUUAUAUAUUUUUGCAUUUGGGUGGCAGCGUGGGCCAUUCCAGUUCCUCAAAUCAAGACAUUGGAGAGACAUACUGCUGACAAAUCUGAGAAUUUAGAUCUUCUAGCAAAAUCAAAAGUGUCAAUACAGAAUGAAUUACAUGCCAAUGACACUACCAAAGAAAGCAUCUCUAUACUUGAUAGAGAAAAGCCACAGUGUAUUAGAGAUGGCUACAGACGAGAGAGGAAUGGCUCUGAGGGGGUAGAAGUAGGAGGGAAUGUUUCUUCUACAAAUGAAGUGGGGAAUACUGAGGAUCAAAAAGGGGGCACAGGAAAAUCAGAAACAUAUGGCCAUGAUGGGCUACAGAGACAAGAAGAGAGCACCACCGUUAAAAGCAUCAGGGGACACAUAAGUGUCACUGACACAGUUAGAGCAGCAAAUGGGAUCAAUGUCAAUGGAAAUGCAGACAAGAAUUCAAAAAUUGGUGAUGCUGGAGACAUAAGUAAGAGUGAGGAUGCCACUGUUGUCCAAGAUGUUCAUCAAGUAUCUGGAAGCAAUAAUAGUACAGACCCUGAGGAUAAAAUAAAUGAGAAUUUCUGUAGAAAUGAGGGAAAUACAAGUGAAAUAUCACCUCAGAGAGAAGGUGAGGGGAAUGGGAGUGAGACAGGAUUAACACCAGGGGCAAGUGGAGCUGGCAAUAGACAAGAUGCUGAGCUGGAUAAUUCUGAUGGAAGUCCCAGUGGGGAUGGAGCAGGUGAGGAUGAAGACAAAGGCUCUGGUGAUAACGCAGAUGAGGAAACAGGAGGUGGAAAAGAAGGCUCUGAUCAUGGCAGAGGCCAGGAUGGGCAGGGGCAUGAAGAAAACAGUGACAACAGCUUAGGUCAAAAUUCAAUGAGUAGUGAAGAUGAUGACCUUAAGCCCAAAGAAGAACCUCAUGACAAAGAUGGAGAACAAGCCUCCGAGAGUGAGGAGGAUUCUGACAGCAUUCCAGAGGACAAGGACAGUAAAAGAAUAGCAGACACUCCCAAACCCAGGCACAGGGAAAGCCCAGGUUUGGACAGUGGACUCACCCAAGAAUUAGAGCCAAGUACUACUGGGAAGAGCCAAGAUAAGGGAAUAGAAAUCAAAGGCCCCAGCAGUGGCAACAGAAAUGAUAUUACCAAAGAAGCUGGGAAAGUCAGCGUUGGUAGGGGGAGUAUAGGACAACAUGGACUGAUUGCCAGCAAAGGAAAUGUCAGGACACAAGGAGAGGAUGACAACAUGCAAGGACCUCUUCCGAAAACAGAACCUGGAAAUAUGGCUGGACACAGCAAAGCAGGUAGUGCCAGUAGUAGUAUUGGAUAUGACAGUUAUGAGUUUGACGAUGAAUCCAUGCAAGGAGAUGAUCCCAAUAGUAGUGAUGAGUCUAAUGGCCAUGAUGAUACCAAUUCUGAAAAUAAUGACAGCAGUAGCCAAGAAGAUACUUCUCAUAACUCUGAUGAAUCAAAAGAUAAUGGCAAUGAUAGUGACUCAAAUGGAGGAGAUGAUAAUAACAGUGAAAGCACAUCUGAUGCUAAUGAUAGUGACAGUAAUGGCAAUGGCAACAAUGGCAGCCAUGACAAUGGCAAAUCAGAUAGCAGCAAAGAUAAGUCAAAUAACAGUGACAGCAAAUCAGAUGGCAGUGACAGCAGUGACAGCAGCGAUAGUGACAGUAGUGAUAGCAGUGAUAGUGACAGCAGCGAUAGUAGUGACAGUAGCGAUAGUAGUGACAGCAAGUCCGACAGCAGUGACAGCAAUGACAACAGUGAUAGUAGUGACAGCAGUGAUAGCAGUAACAGUAAAUCAGACAGCAGUGACAGCAGCGAUAGUAGUGACAGCAAGUCAGACAGCAGUGAUAGUAGUGACAGCAGUGACAGUAGUGACAGCAGUGACAGCAGCGACAGCAGCGAUAGUAGUGACAGCAGUGAUAGUAGUGACAGCAAGUCUGACAGCAGUGACAGCAAUGACAGCAGUGAUAGUAGUGACAGCAGUGAUAGCAGUGACAGUAAAUCAGACAGCAGUGACAGCAGUGAUAGUAGUGACAGCAGUGAUAGCAGUGACAGUAAAUCNAGUAGUGACAGUAAAUCAGACAGCAGUAAGAGUAGUGACAGCAGUGAAAGUAGUGACAGCAGUGAUAAUGACAGUAGUGACAACAGUGACAGUAGUGACAACAGUGACAGCAAAUCAGACAGCACUAAGAGUAGUGACAGCAGUGACAGCAGUGAUAAUGACAGCAGUGAUAGUAGUGACAGCAAAUCAGAUAGCAAUGACAGCAGUGAUACUAGUGACAGCAAAUCAGACAGCAGCAACAACAAUGAUAGCAGUGACAGUAGUGACAGCAGUGAUAGUGACAGCAAAUCAGACAGCAGUGACAGCAGUGAUAGCAACAGUAGUGACAAUAGUGAUAGUGACAGCAAAUCAGACAGCAGUGAUAGCAGCAACAGCAGUGACAGCAAAUCAGACAGCAGUAAUAGCAGUGACAGCAGUGAGGGUAGUGACAGCAGUGAUAAUAGUGACAGCAGUGCUAGAAGUGACAGUAGUGAUAGUAGUGACAGCAAUGACAACAAUGACAGUAGUGACAGCAGUGGUAGCAAAUCAGACAGCAGUGACAGCAGUGAAAGUGACAAAAACGACAGCAGUGAAAGCAGUGACAAUGCAUCUGACAGCAGUGAUGAGAGUGGCAGUCAGAGCAAGUCUGGCAAUGGAAAGCGCACUGGAAGUGACAGCAGUGAUAGUGACAGUGAAGGCAGUGAUAGUAAUCACUCAACCAGUGAUGAUUAG